AUGUGUCUGUUGCUGCGGGUGCCUCUGCGACUUUCAUCUUUUUUUCUUCUUUUUCCUUUUUUUGCCUUUCCCUGUGGCUUUUAUUUCUCAUGUGUGUGUGGCUGUGUGCGGAAGGGGGAGCCUUUGUUUUUUUCUUUAUUUCCUUUUUUUUUUUUUUGUCUCCGUGGGGCCUUCAUUUCGCGUUCGCAGCGGUGGUGGGUGGGCAGCGGCAACGCGGUUCAGAAGCAAAAACAAAAAACACAAAACGCCGGGGGUGGCGGCUCAAUUCGCAUGGCCGUGACCGGCCGAGGUGAACCCCGCAAGACGACGCGACGCGUACAGAAAAGAGGACCGCAUUUGCAGCAAGAGAAAAAGACACGCAUGCGGAUCGACCUCUCGCGAAGAAAUCUCAUCGACUUUGAUUCCGCUGCCUUUUCCACAGACGAUGACCGGGAGCUCCUCAUCUCCAUUACUCGGUUAGAUAUCUCUUACAACAGCAUCUCUUCCCUUUACGGAUUGCGUUGUCUUUCCACAUUAGGGUCGUUGGAUGUAUCAAACAACAACGUCACGUCCUUGCGGGGACUUCCACCGCCACUAAGGCAGUUGAAUGCAUCGUUCAAUGCAUUGACGGACGUAGAGGGCCUGUCACCGCUUCUUCAUUUGGAAGUAUUGGUGGUUUCACAUAAUAAAAUUACAAGCCUAGAGGGCAUCCCAGCAUCCGUACGCAUUAUAGACGCAUCCAGUAAUCGAAUUGCGUCACUCGGAGGCAUUGAGGGAUGCAUUUUACUGGAAGAACUGCAUGUUCGGCAAAACAUCAUUCAAAAUGUGGAGGGGAUAGCAAUGAUCAAAUCUCUACACUCGCUCAAGGCAGUGACACUGGCGGAGAAUCCAGUAACAAGCAGCAAACGAAGUGCUGCUGCAGUUUAUGCCAUUUUGCCACCGACUCUGCAAUUUGUGGAUUUACCAUCCGAAUCUUGGAUGAACCACACUUCUGCUGCGUCUUCUUUUAGUCACACCGCGUCAGUUAACACUGCCACCGUGCGAGACACGAUAAAUAUCUCUUGUUUCUCACCCGACAGUACGGUGAGGACGAGCAAGGGUGCCUCAACUCGUGGAAGCUCUUCUCCUUCCGCGUCGUCGUCUUCCCAUGUAUCGUUGCAUACGAAAGAUGAAAAUGAAAAACGGAAGCAACCGCUUUCAGAGGAUAAUAUGACGUCUUUCAUUGCAGUAAAUGACAUCAAGGCAGAUGCACCGUCUUUUCACUUGCACAGAGAAGUUUCUUCUUUCUCGGAUACGGAUCAGCACAGCACUUUUUAUGAUUCCAGAGACGUAACUCACAUGCAAGGACCCAAACGACAGCAGGCACUCUCCGAUGUGAAUAUCUCGGCUCCCAACAUACAUGCACAACACAUGACUUCGUCCUUGGAGCAUCUUCAGUUUGAACUCGAUGAGUGCCAGAGAACGUGUUUGUUUUAUAAGAUGGAGAACGAAGAGCUAAAACUUCACAUUCAGCAGUUGCAAUCCAAAAAUGAGUAUCAGGAGCGGAUGAACACCAUCCUAUUGGAGAGGAACCAGAAGCUUCAACUUCUUUGUGCCGGCUCUUCUCCGCUGCAGCAAGGAGAAAUACCUUCUGCUCCAACGGACAUGAAGCACCAUGUGGAAGGUGGCGGUGCGGUUCAAUCAAAAUCUUUAUUGAUGGGGCCGUUGAUAGGGCCCUGCAACAAACGUAGUGGUAAUUUGAGAAGAGAAGCGUCAGGAGAUGAUUCUCAGCAUUCCAAGGUGGAGGAGCUUUCAGGAGAAGUAUCUUCACUUGAAGCAAGGGCUGAGCUUCGCCGCGGAGCUCGUUCACUGGCAAGAUUGUUUAUGUCUUUGGUUCUCAAACCUGAAUUACGGCAGCCGCGGUGUAGCAGUCCCUCUACGGCUGAUGCAGCCGCUUCUAACGAUAAUACCAAUAACAACAAUAAUAAUAAUUCUCAUCAUCAUUUAAUUUCUCCACAAACUGAGGGUGGUGCAAACAAUAUCAAUGCAAAGGAGAGGAGCGGUUUGAGAGACACAAAUGCAGUUGAUAAAGGGCGUAAACGCAGUGUUUCAUUUGGAGGAUUCGCAUACUAUUCGCCUCCGCCCUGGUAG